AUGGCUGGCUAUACUAUUCUGGCUGCUACAAACAAUUUUUCUAUUGUGAACAGGAUGGGAGAAGGUGGUUUUGGCUCAGUAUACAGGGGUAAAUUGGCACAUGGACAAGAAAUAGCUGUGAAAAGGUUAUCAAAAACCUCAAAGCAAGGAAUCUCAGAGUUAAUGAAUGAAGUUGGAUUGGUAGCCAAACUCCAACAUCGUAAUCUUGUGAGUGUUUUGGGAGGGUGCACUCAAGGAGAAGAAAGAAUGUUGGUCUAUGAAUACAUGGCAAAUAGUAGCUUGGACCACUUCAUUUUUGAUCCUACACAAAGAAAAUUUUUGAAGUGGAGGAAACUAUAUGAAAUUAUUAUGGGGAUUUCUCGGGGACUGCUUUAUCUCCAUCCAGAUUCAAAGUUAACCAUCAUUCACAGGGAUCUAAAAACUAGUAACAUUCUACUAGACAGCGAAUUGACCCCCAAAAUUUCUGAUUUUGGUCUUGCCCACAUCUUUGAAGGAGGCCAUUCUACAGUAACAACAAAAAGAAUUGUUGGGACAGUUGGUUAUAUGUCCCCUGAGUAUGCAGCAAAUGGGCUUCUUUCCCUAAAGUAUGAUGUAUUUAGCUUUGGAGUUAUAGUGUUAGAGAUAUUAAGUGGCAUCAGAAAUAAUAAUUUCUACCAUCCAGAUCAUGACCGUAAUCUGUUGGGCCAGGCAUGGAGAUUAUGGAAAGAAGGACGAACUGUGGAAUUCAUGGAUGUUAAUUUAGACCUUGCAACUAUUCCAUCAGAAUUACUAAGGUGUCUGCAGGUUGGUCUCUUGUGUGUGCAAAAGUUACCUAAAGACAGGCCACCGACUAUGUCGUCUGUGGUUUUCAUGUUGAGCAAUGAAAGUAUUACACUUGCCCACCCAAAGAAGCCUGAAUUCACUGAACAAGGGUUAGAGUUUCCAGGGUACAACAACAAUUCUAUGACUAUUACUCUAUUAGAAGCUCGAAAUUAGUUGCUAACUUAUAGGUUCCAUUGCAAUUGCUAUUAGGCCGUUUGGUAAUAUUUUGUGAUAGAGAACCAGAAUUGGAUGAAAGAAAGAGCAUUGUAGUAGGUCCAUUACAAUAGCUUUCUUUUCUUGGUUGUUGGAAAACAUUCUCACACUGAGUUUUCUGGCUGCAAUGUUUACUUAUAUUCUUAUUAAAGGAUAUUUGUACUAUAUAGGAAAAAAAUAAAAACAAAAAAGAGCGAAGCCCCCACCACGACGACAGUGAGACACAAAAUAACAUAAUGAUUAAAGAGAACAAGACACAAAUUUAUAUUGA